UUUCCAUCCCAGCAUCGCUCGAAAGAGAGAUUGGUAAUUUUAAGGCCUUCAGGUUGAAUUAGAAUAAAUACCAAUUCAGUCAUCAUUUCCAAUUCGUUAAGUGAUUAGGCGGUCUGAUAAGAAGCUUCGACGGGAGCAAACAGAGCAAGAGUACUUCUGAUAAGAAGUCUCUCAGUUAUUCUCAGUAAUCAGACGCGAGUGUUGGGAUUCCCUCAUCAGAAUUAUCUCGUGAAAGUUUAUUUUUUGGAGCGAAUUAUUCGUUGUGAAAAUGGCCCUGAAAUUCUGUGCCAACCUUUCGUUUAUGUUCACGGAGAGUGGGAGUUUGCUGGAGAGGUACAAUUUAGCACGCCUGGCAGGAUUUCAGGGUGUUGAGAGUGCCUUUCCCAAGGGCUUCAGUAUUGAAGAUCUCUUGACAGCCAAACAAUCACUCACUCAGGUGCUAAUCAACAUUCGAACAGGGACGGUUUCUGGGGGAGAAUUCGGUGUAGCUGCUCUCCAUGGAGACUCCAAAGGUCCAGACUUCCGUGAAACUUUUCGUAGCGAUCUGGAAACCACGGUGGAAUAUGCAAAAGCACUCAAUUGCAGGAAGAUCCAUAUUAUGGCGGGAAAAGUUUCUGAACCCACGGAGGAUAAUCACGAAGCUUAUGUUGAAAACCUCAAAUAUGCCGUGAAAAUCCUAGAAAAGGAGAAUAUUGUUGGUCUCAUUGAACCAAUAAAUCGUUACGCUGUUCCUGGAUAUUACCUUAAUUCUUAUGAAAGAGCUCUGGAUGUGAUUAAUGAGGUGAAUAGCCCCAAUCUUCGCCUAAUGCUGGACAUGUUUCAUUUGCAACAUAUCCGAGGCAACAUUACUCACUCUGUUAGGGAUUUUCUGCCCCUUAUUGGACACGUUCAGAUUGCUCAAGUGCCUCACCGGAAUGAACCGAAUACUUUCGGGGAGAUUAACUAUGGCUAUGUUCUGAAGAUGCUGGCAGAGGAGGGAUAUAGUGAUUGGGUUGGUUGUGAAUACCAUCCGAAGACUUUCACUGAAGACGGACUUGGAUGGAUUAAGGAAUUGGGCUUCUCUCUCUGAGGCUAUGAGGCUGCGUCCUAUAUUAUUCAUCUCACUGAUGGUUCUUUUGAAUAAUAAAUGAACAAACAAACUUCAA